UUAGUAUUGUUAAAGAUGAAUCAUUUUAUGAGUUCUGGGUGCCAUCCUCUCAAGUGCUAUGCGGCACUAUAUUGCCGACGAAAACCCAAGACCCAGCGCUCUAAGCGCUAUCUUGAGAGCAGAGAAUCAAAGCUGACAGAAAACACCAAGACUGCAAUGUUCAUCCGCGGUGGAAGAACCAGUGAGGUAGUUUCCCAAACUUUAAAAGAUAUGUAUUUCCUGAAGAAGCCAGAUGCAGUUAUGUUUCAAAAGAAAAACAUCAUGAGACCAUUGGAAGAUCAAACAUCAUUGGAGUUUUUGUCAGAUAGGAAUGAUGCUUCAUUAUUUAUGUUUGGUUCCCAUCAAAAGAAAAGACCAAACAAUGUUGUCAUUGGACGUUUCUUUGACUUUCACGUUUUGGACAUGGUGGAGCUUGGGAUUGAAAAAUACAAGUCUAUGCAGGAGUUCCAUGUUGGCAAGUUCUCUUUGGGUAGCAAGCCAUGUUUAUUGUUUGCUGGAGAAGCAUUUGAAAAUGAACCAGAAUAUCAGAGGCUAAAAAAUCUCUUGAUAGAUUUCUUCAGAGGCCCAGUAAUAGAGAAUAUCAGACUUGCAGGCUUGGAACAUGUGCUUCUUUUUACUACUUUGGAUGGGAAAAUUUAUCUCAGAAAUUACAAAGUCCAAAUGAAAAAAUCAGGAUCUAGGACUCCACGAAUUGAACUGGAAGAAAUUGGACCAUCUGUAGACUUUUCCAUGAGGAGAACAAGGUUAGCUUCAGAUGAUUUGUACAAGCGAGCAAGGCAACAACCCAAGCAAGCCAAGCCCAAGAAGGUCAAAAAUAUUAAUAGAGAUCCAUUUGGUAGUAAACUUGGCCGUAUUCAUAUGGAGAAACAAGAUUUGGAUAAAUUACAAACAAGGAAAAUGAAAGGACUGAAAAGAAAGACAUCAGACAAUACAGACAAAAAAGUAGAAGCAAAAAAAGUGAGAUGAUUAGACAAGGAUAAAAUUGCAAUUUAAAUGCUAUUUAUUAAUUUUUUUAGGAAUUGGGGG